CUAUAGAGAAAGAGAGUUAAACCCAGUUCAAAAUCUAUUUCAUCAUGCAAUUAAAACCCCUUAGCACUUACACAAUCACACUCAUGCUGUUCUUUACAGUCAUAAUCCUUUUCUUUUCUGGUUUCCUUGAAUUUCCAUCCAUUACAACCUCGAUUACCUCUUCUAUUAAAGACUCAAACUUUCCUAUCAAAACAGGAUCAGAUCCUUUCACUGACUUGUUCAUUGCUUUCAAGAAAUGGGAUUCUCAAGUGGGUUGUGUUCAGUUUAGAGAGAAAUAUAAGAAUUUGGACUCUUUUGGGUCAAAGGGGUCAAAUGGGUCUGUUUCCGUGCAGGUUGUUAAAGGUGAUGUGGGGUGUAGUGAGUUGAAGAUGCAGCAUGUCAGUGUUUUGGUUAAAGGGUGGACUUGGAUUCCUAGCAAUUUGGAUAAUUUGUAUUCUUGUCGUUGUGGGUUGAGUUGUUUGUGGACUAAGUCUUCUGUUCUUGCUGACAAGCCUGAUGCUUUGUUGUUUGAAACAGCUCCUCCUCCACUUCAGAGGCGCAAUGGUGAUCCACUUCGUGUCUAUAUGGAUCUUGAGGCUGGCAGGAAACGUUCAGGUCAUGAGGAUUUAUUUAUUAGCUAUCAUGCGGAAGAUGAUGUUCAGUCAACAUAUGCUGGUGCACUCUUUCAUAAUGGUCGAAAUUAUCACGUGUCUCAUCGUAAGGACAAAGAUACACUAGUUUAUUGGUCUUCAUCACGCUGCCUUGCUGAUAGAAACCAGCUGGCUAAGAGUCUCCUCAGCUUGCUGCCUCACCAUUCCUUUGGCAAGUGCUUGAACAAUGUUGGCGGGCUAGACAUGGCCCUUUCUUUCUAUCCUGAGUGUGCCAAUGAUGCCAGUGUCAAACCAAAAUGGUGGGAUCAUCUACAUUGUGCCAUGUCUCAUUAUAAAUUUGUCCUUGCCAUUGAAAACACCUGGACAGAGAGUUACGUGACAGAAAAGCUAUUUUAUGCUUUAGAUUCCGGUGCAGUUCCAAUAUAUUUUGGUGCACCCAAUGUUUUGGACUUUGUUCCUCCACAUUCAAUAAUAGAUGGGACCAAAUUUAGCUCCAAGGAGGAGUUGGCUUCUUAUCUCAAGAACCUAGCUAAUGACCCUGUAGCCUAUGCUGAAUACCAUGCAUGGAGAAGAUGUGGUGUUUUGGGUAAUUAUGGGAAGACCCGUGCUGCAAGCCUUGACACGUUGCCUUGCCGAUUGUGCGAGGCUGUCAGCAGGAAAGGAGGGAGAGAUGCUAGAGCUUAGUGGGAUUCUGUUUAUUUCACUCUCAUUUGGAUUGGUUUUGCCAGCUAUCAUAGUGAAUCCAAGAUUUUUCUACUCCAAUUGAAUGGAUUGCUGUUAGUUGCACACAAGCAAGAACGACCUGUUGUAGAGACCAGAGAACACAUGACAGGGUGUAUACAAUUGGGCGAGUCAAUUAUCAUUUUCCAUGAUGAAAUUGUCUGGUUCAAUUGAAGGAGGCUUGAUUUGUGUGUAGUUUGAUGAUUGAUGAUGGAUCUCAGAGUGUGGAACCAGACUUUUCAUCUGUAGAUUUUGGCUUACCCCAUACAAAAUGGUGACCUAAACCCCAGCUCAUCCAAAAAGUCUAUCUGGUUUUAAAGAUUCAACAUGUGUUAUGGUAGUGUGGUUGCUUCUCAGUCACUGGCCUAACAGUGCUUCUCACCACCAGUUUGAGCCAAGAACCUCGUAAAAGUUUUGCUUAGAAGUUGGAGCGGAGACGACAGGAGGUGGAUUAGUUGUUGUGAUGGGCCUCGUUAUCAUAAUUCGUUAGCGUACUAUGCUCGAUGUUAUUUAAUAUUGAUUUUUAUAGAUCCAAUUCAAAUGGCGGAAAAAAAAAACCAAUCCUUACAAUUUUAAUCUGAUUAUUAUGAACUUUUUUA